GUAUCACUGCAUGGGUGAUUCCUAUUCAUUCAUGCAACAUCUGCAACACUGAUGUAGUGAGUCACUAUAAUAAUGUAUAGCUAUCAUUGUGCAUGUGCUAUGUACAAAUGCACUAGCUCGUGGCAAUAAAACACGUCAUCAAUUAUAGAAGGCCUAUUAUAUGAUCCAGUUAUAAGCCACUCAUGGAAACAGAUUCGAGAGGCUAACGAAGAUAAAUAUUUAUUUUGCUCAAACAAGUUAAAGAAGAAGAGGAAACACUACCCUAUAGUCAGAUCAAGAAAAUGCACCGAGUUGUUCAGGGAAAUGGAAUCGUGUCAACUCAAUUCAGGAGUGACCAAGAGGGCCAUAUAAUGAGCCUUUUGAUGAUGUGACACUAAGUCAAGCCAGAUACAAAGUACAGGAUAAUGUUUCAAAGUCAGAAACAAAGCUGUCUGGAAUUCCAGUGCCAUUGCUGUCUGCAUAUCUCAUCAGUGUACAUGAACAGCGUGCUUUCAACUCAUUGGACAACUCUCUCCGGUCGUUUGUUAUACAGGGAAUCAAUAGAAUCGAUUCCUCUUUGAAUGUUGGUCUGUUGAUCUCCUUAAUGACGCAAAUUUGCGUCAACCGCGGCUAAUCGGUUAACUUCACUGAGCAUGGAGUUUCUUUUCGUCUCACGCUGUGGGUUGCACUUCAGUGAUGGUAUACAGUGGGUAUACUGGUGCAGUUGUGAUAGUGCACGUGGCCACUUACUAAAUAGCUGCUCCACUUCGGUUGAUUCCACAUAUGAUGCAUUCACAAGCAUUGUUGGCUCUGAAUGUAUCCACAUCGAACCAACUAGACUGAUUAUCCAAGAGACUGACAAUAUUCACAACAUUACAUCAGCUCAAGAAUUAUCAGAUCAUUCGUAUAUACUUUGAAUAUCGAACCUCACAAGGAGGACACCUCCUACAGUAUAAAUGUUGGCACAGAGGUUGUAUGCUCUAUUGGGCAGGCGGUGGCAGGCGGUAUGUACAAGAGCUGAUAUAGUGGCCAUGGUGUUGUACAAGUUCGUAUUGAUGAUAAACAAUUAAGGAGUCUGUACUGUUAUACAUGCAAGUAAAAUAAACAGCACAGUUCACAUGUGGACAUUGUCGAGAAAGCAUUGAAUAGCCCGGAUGAGGGUAAACAUGACUGCCUCAAUAAAAUUGCAAAAGAUCUGUCUAGUGUGCAGCAGAAUAGACAAGUGCAUGUGCAUCAGUAUCGGUCCCUUAAUUUCAUCAAGCAGUAUAUACCGUUCAAUUUAUCAAGUGAAAUGUCUCAACAACUGGCAUGUACUGUAGCUGAUCGCUUCAACAUUGUAAACAACACUUCUAUUUUGGGCUCAGUCGACACAUAUUGUAAAGUGUGCAGUACGCUUACACGAGAUGAAGAAGACAAGCAGGAAUCUGUACGGAGCAAAAUUAUACUGCUCAAUACAGUUAUCAAUGCGAAUGUGCAUGUUAGGUAUUGCUCAGGAUGUAAGAAACGUAAAGAAUUUGAUGGCCAACUAGUAGGAUUAGUGACUAUGGGCAAGUUCCUGGUAUCCUAUGAAGUUCUGCGAGGUUUUAUGCAUCAAUUCCUUUUGGGAAGAACAACUAUAUAUACCCAGUAUUGUGUGUUGGUUAAAAACCAUGAAGAUGCAGGAUUCGGCGAUCAGUUUAAUAAGUAUAUGUUUACAUACAAUCACUAUCAGUUGUCGUGGUAUGCCUUUCUUGACCUGUUAGACAUUGAUUAUCAAGUAGGAUUUCAGUGCACUGCGUGUGGAGAUUGUCCACCCAUUGUUGUCAUGGAUGCUACUUGUUUAGCAUUCAGAAAAGACCUUAUGCCCUGGAAGUCCCAACUCAACAGUUCUGGAGUUCAUAAAACCUCAUCCCCUAUCAGCUGUACUGGAAGAUGCCAAGCAUGCAUGCACAGAUUUAUUCAAAACUUGAAUCCAUUUGUAGAAGGUGCCUCUCAUCAUAGUAAUCAUAUACAGUGUGGCGAAAGCUGUUUUAUUUAUUCAGCAAUUAUUGUUGUGAUAAGUUUAGGAUCAUGCGGACAGCUGAAAAGUUACUGUAUUUAUUUUCUUUCAACACUAGUUUCCAUGAUCGGAUAUACAUCAACAACAAGACAACACGCACGCAUGCAGCUGAAGAUGUUUACUACAAAGAAGUGUAUAAGCCAGCAUGAAUUCACUUCUCUUCUAGAAUUACUACAUUUGCACGCACCAAGUUUGGUCAAACUUAUCACCACAAUAGCUAAAGAAGUCAACAAGGCUGAUACAGCUGUCUCCUGUUGCAAGCACUGGAUUAAUUUACUGCAAGCUCUCAGUUCAGCAUCACCUGUGUGUGCUUUGGUACCACCUACAGAAGAAGUGCACAAAAUGCUAAAGGAAAUGGAGUCUUCUGGCUCCUUGAAGUCAAAUGCAAAAAAGAUGGCCUUUCUACAAAAGGAAGCUCCAGUACUGUUCACUUUAAUUGAAUGUCUUCCUUCUUACCCCACUGAAGCAUUGCAGCCUAUACUAAAAAGGCUUGUGGAAUUAUCAUUAGCCCCAUUUACGCAAGACUUCACAGAGUCUAGUACUGGUGACCACACUGACAUUAAUGAUGAUGAUAUGAUAUCGUACUUUCCAAAGCUUCCUUCACUAAGAAAACGAAAGAUUUAUAAGGCUGACAGUUCUAAAUCCUCUGUAUGUACAAAAAAAAGCUCAAGACAUCCAUCACUGCUACCGGGGAUAUUUACUCUGUAUUGUCAGCAUGGAAUUUGCUAUGGAUUCCAACUGAUGGAAGUUCAGGAAUCCCCCAACAUUCCUUUCACUAUCUUAUAUGAACGAUUCUCAUCAGCACCUGAAGUCAUCAUAUACGACAAUAGUUGCAACCUGCACCAAUACUAGAGAGCCCCCCUUUUUCAGGCACAGUCGGUUUCUAGGUCUAGUAGAUCGUUUCCAUUGGCCAAAUCAUUCAGGAUGCAGUGUUGCUUACAAAAUGAGCACCUAUAGACAAUAAUGAUGCCUUGAACAGCCAGAUGGUAGAGCAAAGCAAUUCAUGCUUGAAGAGAAUCAAAUCGUCACUGUCGUAUAUGAAUAAAAGAAAUUUCCUCACACAUUGUGGAUUUUAUUUAUGGUAUCACAAUCAGAAAAAACUAUAAGUAUAAUGUACUCACAUGCAUGAUGGUCUUGUCAUGCACUUUUUGUUUUUACAACCAUGAAUUUAAAAUUGUGGCGUCACUUG